CUAGCAAACAUCGAUAGCGACAUCGCAAUUCUUGUUUUUGACGAGUCAUUUCUUGCUACCGCCGCAAAUUAUAACAAAAAGAAGCACUUUUCACUGCUAGUCGGAAAUAAUGCCGUAUAACAUGGACAUACUGAUGCCGGAGAAGCAAGACGAGUUGGCCGACCUGAAGCUAAAGGAUGCCCACAGUUCCCUGGAUGAGCUGGACAUAGACGAUCUCUACGUGCGUUACAAGAAACUGCAAAAGACGCUCGAGUUUAUCGAAGUUCAGGAGGAGUACAUCAAGGAUGAGCAGCGCAACCUGAAGAAGGAGUACCUGCACGCGCAGGAGGAGGUGAAGCGCAUUCAGUCUGUGCCGCUGGUGAUCGGCCAGUUCCUGGAGGCCGUCGAUCAGAAUACGGGCAUCGUGGGCUCCACCACAGGCUCCAACUACUACGUGCGCAUCUUAUCCACCAUCGAUCGCGAACUGCUGAAGCCCUCGGCCUCGGUGGCCCUGCACAAGCACAGCAAUGCCCUGGUGGACGUACUGCCGCCAGAGGCGGACAGCUCCAUUUCGAUGCUGCAGCCGGACGAGAAGCCAGACGUUAGCUACGCCGACAUCGGAGGCAUGGACAUGCAGAAGCAGGAGAUACGUGAGGCAGUAGAGCUGCCGCUGACCCACUUCGAGCUGUACAAGCAGAUCGGUAUUGAUCCGCCGCGCGGUGUCCUCAUGUACGGCCCGCCCGGUUGCGGCAAGACGAUGCUGGCCAAGGCUGUGGCCCAUCACACGACCGCAUCGUUUAUCCGAGUCGUGGGAUCCGAGUUUGUGCAGAAGUACCUGGGCGAGGGUCCGCGCAUGGUGCGCGACGUCUUCCGUCUGGCCAAGGAGAACGCACCGGCCAUUAUCUUCAUCGACGAAAUUGAUGCCAUUGCCACCAAGCGUUUUGAUGCUCAGACGGGCGCUGAUCGCGAGGUUCAGCGCAUCUUGCUCGAGCUGCUCAACCAGAUGGACGGCUUCGAUCAGACAACCAAUGUCAAGGUGAUUAUGGCCACGAAUAGGGCGGACACACUGGAUCCUGCUCUGCUCCGUCCCGGACGCUUGGAUCGAAAGAUUGAGUUUCCGCUGCCGGAUCGUCGACAGAAGCGUCUGGUCUUCUCCACCAUCACGUCUAAGAUGAACCUCAGCGAAGAUGUUGAUCUGGAAGAGUUUGUGGCGCGGCCGGACAAGAUCUCGGGUGCGGAUAUCAAUGCCAUUUGUCAGGAGGCGGGCAUGCAUGCGGUGCGUGAGAACCGCUACAUUGUGCUGGCCAAGGACUUCGAGAAGGGAUACAAGAACAACAUCAAGAAGGACGAGCAGGAGCAUGAGUUCUACAAAUAGAUUAAGUCAUUAUUAUUCACCCAAUACAUAUAUUUCCCCUUUCCUUUGCCCCUCGUUUGUACGCCGCCUGCGGUUAUACCAUUAAUAAAAGUAACUAACUCGUA